AUGAUAAGUUUAAAUGAGGCACGGAACUUUACUCAGCAAGAAAGUAGAUUGCUUCAAUCAGAUGGUAAAUCAUCUGUUUGGUCGGUUCAGCCGGGUGUUAAUCCUAUAAACAUUGGUUCUGUUGAGUUCAAAACUGUAGAAGAGAUAAGCUUUUCGCUACGUAAUAGAGUCCCAACCAAUACGCAACGGUUGGGCAUAAUAAUAUCAAUUGUCAGUGGAUUUAACCCACCUGAAACUAAUGGUGUUGUGAACUUUUGGAUAUGGACAGAGUGUGAUGGGCAAGCAUUCACUCAUUUCAAACAAAUAUUCAUAUAUGCGCAAAAUGCGGUCAGCUUUGAUUCGGAAACAUUCACUUUGCCUUAUUGCUCAUCAAAUCAGAGAAUAUAUGUCAAAUCAAGCAAGGUGAUUACAGGCUGGGUGACCACAAAUCUUUAUCUUGCCGGCUAUUCUAUUUGA